GGGGCUUUGCAGAACAUUUAGGAAUGACGGAUAAAAUCUCAUUGUUGUAUUUGCUGAUCACGUGAUUCGUGAUGACACCAAUCACAAGGAAACCCGGAAGUAUCACCUUGCUGCAGCCGGCGUUUCAUUAGCAGACAUGUUGCUGUGGGUUCUGUCCAGCUUGCUUGUGCUGUUUAGCACCGUUGACUUAUGGUAUUUUGUGCGAGGAGCCUGGGCGGUCCUGAAGUACCUGUUCCAGGACCCGGUCCAAGAUGUGCUCGCCGAGCAGGUCGUCCAUGGCCGGGUUCUCCCCCACGACAUUGAUUACAUGGGCCACAUGAACAACGCUCGCUAUCUGAGGGAGUGCGACUUCGCCAGACUGUCUUAUUACACACGCAACGGAAUGUUCAAGGCUUCCCACACAAUCGGAGCGAGGAUGGUGGUCGGAGCCUCGACCAUUCGCUAUCGGCGGUCACUCGGACUCGGAGAGGCGUUCGAGCUGAGGAGCCGCCUCAUGGCCUGGGACGAGAAGUCAUUCUACAUGGAACAGCGCUUCGUGUCCAAAUCUGACGGCUUUAUCUCCGCUGUCAUACUCUGCAGGCAGAAUGUUAUUCAUAGCUCGCCUGAUCAGAUUUUGCAGCAUGUCUGCAAGAGAAAGGUGGAAUGCCCUGAUAUCCCACAAGACCUUCAGCACUGGAUCAAUUUCAUCUCAACUAACAGUCAGGCGUUGAGAGCGGAAUGCGGCUUAGACGAGAAGACCAAGUGAUUAUCACAGACAGUGUUUUAUUUAUCUAAGCACCUUUUCUUUUUAUGUUUAUGUUAUGCCAGUAUGCUAAAGGGGAAAGAAGUCAAAUCUUGAAAAGGAAAUCACAGAGCCAUACACAGAGACAAGGGAUGCAUUGCUACUGAGUAUUAAAUCGAUAUUGUGAUCAUUUAGCCAUCCUCGUAAAAACAAACAAAAAAAAAAAAAACACCAUCCAAUACCUGACAUAGGCCUAGUGUGUGUUGUCAUAGUAACGAAUCUACAACUUGAAAUAAAAGACGUCAACGGAAAGUUACCUACUUCACCAUCUUUGGAUAAUACAGGUAACCUGAUACAAGGUGCGUACCAAAUCGCCGACUUAUGCGCAAUUCUAUGGCAUUUUGUAGUAUAAAUAGUGAGAAGUGAAAAUUCCAACAGGCAGAAGUACCCGGAUCAUAUAGGAAAAUAUACAUGUAGAGAAGAGUAACAAUUUUACCGACUGUUUAAAAACAAAAAACAAUUAAACUAAAUAAAUCAGAGAAACAAAUAUUAACAGUUGAUGAUGAUGAUGAUGUUUCCCCUAACUGGAAAAGCCCAAAGUAGUAGAAGACGUUAUCAGAGGAGCAAAUUAAAAUGAACAGAACCGAAGAAAACAUUGCAAGUAUUCAACACAUUCCUUUCGUUUUUUACAUCUUAUUUCCGAUUCCUUUUUUUUUUUUGUCAAGUUCGUUUGUCCAUUUGUGUUUGUGUAUAUAGAACAUUGACUCUGGAUAUUCUGCUAAAGCUCAUGGCAUCGCAUUAUGUGCGUUUGGCGUAAUUUUCCAUCGACUGGGGAAAAAGCUUGUACGUGGCAUCGCUUGUAUGUGGAAAAGUAGCACGUGGCAUCUAGUUUAAACAGAGCUAAAAAAAAAACAAACAAAAAAAACCCAAUAAUUCUCUGA